UUCGUUUCACCCCCUCUCUGAACCUGAAGCCCCUCCUCUUCGAGGUUCCCAGCCUCUCGUCUGAUUGGCUGUUCAGCGGCAGGGAGUGGCUCUUCCAGGAAGUGGACGCUUGUCUCCGCGGCUCUGAUUCGUCGAGCAGCCGAGGCGUCAUCAUCAUGGGCAACAUGGGCUUCGGGAAAACCGCCAUUAUCGCCCGCCUGGUGGCGCUCAGUUGUCAUGGCAACCGUAUCUCACCAACCGGAAACCAGACGCUGCCCAAACAUAUGGAGGCUAUGUCUUUGUCCCAGGACUCUCUGGGAGGAGGAGGAGGAGGAGGAGAUGAAGGAGCUGGAGGAAGCUGUCCGGGAACCCCUGAGAUGAGGAGGAGACAGGAGGAGGCUCUGAGGAGGCUGGCAGGACAGGUGGUCUCGUACCACUUCUGUCAGGCUGAUAACUGCCACACCUGUCUGGUGCCGGAGUUCGUUCACAACCUGGCGGCGAUGCUAAGCUCCGCCCCCCAGCUGUCGGCCUAUCAGGAGCUGCUGCAGCAGUCCCCCCCCUUGCAGAGCGCGCUCAGUCUGCGCUGCUGCAUCCAGGACCCGGGGGGGGCGUUACAGAGAGGCAUCAUACAACCACUGGAUACUCUAUACAGAG